AUGACAUUACGUGAACGCCUCCAAGAUGCGCUACCUGAGGGCCAUUCUUUCGAAUUGCUACAUUUGCAAAAUAUUCCAACGGAAAUUACGCCAAUUGUAACAGCUUCAAAGAAGUAUAAUGACGCAACUGACACCUCCACUAUCAAAGUGGAAAAUUUCUUUGUCCUAUUUAAUAAUAAGAAAGCCGUUUUUGCCAUGGAAGUUUAUGUUUAUUUCACUUUAUAUAGACAACAGAACGAAAUCAAAGGUGAGAGAUUGCUAUUUGUCUCUAAAGCAGAUACCAGCGGUUACUCAGAUGUAAAAUUUAGCGUCAAAAGCGUGACCACAGCCAUAUUAUCAUAUUUACUUUCGGUUGAUCCAAAAGCAUAUUUAACCAGGGUCAAGCCUAUGACACGAAAGUAUGACGAUCUUAACAAUGAACUAAUAACCAUUAAAACAGCCACGCAAGACGCUCUAAGGAUCUUGGCAAAACGAUUAAGAAGUAACGGAUCAUCUGUUAAUGAAAAAUUUGAUAAGGAUAGGCUAUAUUCGUCCUUCGAUUUCCCUAAAGACUUUUCUACCAAAAUCUGCCUCUUUACUAGGCCAGCCCCACAAUACCUGUUCUCUAAAUCGUCCGAAAAUCCACAUAAGCAUGUUCUUAGCGGUGAAGGGCUACUUAAAUGGUGGCUGUCGAUACUAGAUGAUAUUGCUGUAAAUUACUUCACUGAGGACACACAGGCAAAGCUUAGGAUUCCUGGCGAAGAUACUAAGAGAGUUCAAAAAUACUUAGUUGGUACAAAAUUUCAAAACUGGUCUGUUGGUGAUGUAUUCGCAAACUCAUCCAACUCUUUAGCUGCCUAUGCAAUACCACUAUUCCCAGAUGACCCGAAAUCACGGUUCUUGCAUGAGUUAGUGGAAGAAAACAGAAUUAAAACAACCAGUCUGAAAAGUUUUUGGAUUGAAUUACAAGAAAGACAGGAAUUUAAGCUAAGCGUCAUGGUUUCCGUCAUAGGCAUAAUAGGUCAUACCAAGCCUUUUCCUCAAUCAGUUAUACGCACCGCUGAAACAUUGGUAACAAAAUCAAAAAAACAAUUUAGCUACAUAAAAAGCUACAUUACUGGGGAAGAGUUCAAUAAGGUAGAAGGAGCUCAUGCAUCUUAUCAAAAUGUAAAAGACUAUUACCAUGCUAGACUCCACGCUGAUCUAGUCCCUUUAGAGGGCAAGAAAAAGUCAAUUAUGUGCAAGACAAACUUACAAUCACAUCAACCUGUAAUAACUAUGCUUCAACCACGUAAAAAGCGGAAGCAAUAG